AUGAUUGAUAAUGAAAGCGAAGAAUUAAAUGAAUUGAUAGGAGACGAACUCUCUCAUGCGCAACAAAUAUCCGGGAAUUCAGUUGAGGAACGUCUGAAACAUCUGCAUAAGGCACAAGAACUCUUGCUAUACCGGGACGGUAGUGGUUCAUUACUGGACAACUUUUUAGACGAAAUGCUGGAAUUUGCCCUGGAAAAUGACGUCAAAAUCCGUUGUUUUGUCGCUACUUUUAUCGAUAAAGCUUGCAGAAAGGACUGUGAUAUCAUGAAAAAAGCAGUCGUAACAUUAUCUUAUCUUCUUGAAGCAAAUGCCGACAGAGGAGUUUCAGUCGUAAAAAAGGUCAUACAGGUUUGUUGUCAGCUUUAUUCACUCAUUCUAAAGUGGGCCUGUAAUUCAAGAAGCGUGGAUGUAGAACGUUGCUGGGAAGCAUUUUCAGUUAUAAAAGGUCGUAUAAUGCGUAAUAUCGAUUCUGACAAUGAAGGAAUUAGAACUCAGACUAUUAAAUUUCUGGAGGCCGUUGUUCUUGCUCAGUCACUUAAAACCGAGGAAAGCGAAAAAGGAAGAGGAGAUAAUAAUUUGAUGUGUUUAAAUGAAAUUUCAAGACAACACAGAUUUAUCUCGUACAGGAAAAUGGAAAGUGAGGCGCAGCUUAAUUUUAACUCACUUCUUGAGCAAUUAGCAUCACCACAUAUAUCUUCGUUAAACUUAUUGACCUGCUUGUCUUGCGUUUGUAGCGUAGCUCAGCAGAGACCGCAGUUUAUGCCUCGAGUUAUCGCGGCACUCGAGUCUCUUCAUGUCAAUUUGCCGCCAACGUUGGCGAUGAAUCAAGUAAAGAGCGUCAGAAAAGAGUUGAAGAUGCAUUUACUUCGUUUUUUACGGCAUCCUACCAGUGUGCCUCAUCAUCAGAGAUUAACGACUCUUUUAACCGAACUUGGAGCUGGUCAAUCGGAGAUUAUGCGUGCUUUACCUGCUACCAGUGAAUUGCGUAGAAAAGCCAGUCAGCGUCACAUUGAUUCCAGUGAAGAGCCGGAUAAGAAACGGCAGAAAAAAGACGAUGGUGGUGAUAUUGGGGCGGGAGUGGAUGAUAGUAAAUCACAAGUGGCUAUCAAUAUUACGGCUCAGUUUGUUUAUGAGAGGCUGACUCCUAGCGUCGCUACGGAUCUUGUUAUGGUGUCACUAAUGGCUCUGCCAGAUGAAAUUCCAGCAGCAUUCCAAGAUAAUUAUAUUCCUGUUUCUGCUGCUGGGACAGAGAGUCAAAUAAGAAAUCUCUCUGUUUUAAUUGCUACGCAAAUGACUAGUAUGGAACUUGGGCCUGGCAUAGAAAAAGUACGUGCUGAAAGGCAACAACUUUUAUCUGCACGGAAAGCAAACAAAACUGAUGGAGCGUCGGUCCUUUCUGCAGCGCACGAUACCGUGUCUUCCUCUGCAGCUAAUGAUAAGUCUCAAGGAUCACAGUCGGCCGCUUUGCUGUCGAAGGCGAAACCGAAAAUCCAGUUUGGUCUUCUUUCUAUAACAAGGGAGUUUGAAAGUCCAGAUGAUUUGAAUCUUACUUUCUUGACUUUUAGAAGGAUCCUCGCUAAUGAAAAACGCUCUAUACAAGGCGGGUUUGGUGUGGCACAGCAGAAAUUGUUGGUGAGAUUAGUAACUCGUUUUCAAUACGAAUCGGUAACUGGGCUUGAAGAUCUUAUGAUUGAGCAUAUCAUUCAAGAUCAAAAAGCACGCACUGAGUUGGCACUUUUGUGGAUUGCUGAAUUAUAUUCGCAGCUUCGGGGGUUCACCGUAUGUAGAACAUCAUAUACUGAUGAUGGUCAGCUCUCUGAAGACCAACGCUAUGAGCGUUACGAUUCCGUAUUGUGUAAAAUUCUAGAAAGUCUUCACAAACAAGGAGGGCAUAAAGAAACAUUGUUCCACAAAAUCCUUUUGGAAGCCCCUCUGUUAACUCCACAUGCUUUAGACUGGUUGCGGACUGCAUGUCUUGAUGAAGGUUUCAGUGCAUUUGGAAUGACUACACUUCGAGAGCUCAUUUUGACGAGGACAAGGCAGCGAUUUGAACUCUUGUCUUUGCUACUAGAUUUUUCUUAUAGCAGCAGGAAUGAUGUACGCUUUGAAAGUGUUGAAAUUGCUAAGGAGCUGUAUCAGAUCAGUUACGUGAGGAAAGACGUCCGAGACUAUUUGGUUAAUUCAUUGGAACACUUCAAUGAACCUGUGCCUCCUCUUCAUAUCUGUGCAAACCUUGCUGAAGAAGCUGCUCCACAAUGGAAUGAUUUAACCAUUCGCACUUCAUUGAAUCUCUUUCUAUCUAUCUUACCAUUAGAUCACCCUUUAAUUCAUAAUUUGGCAAAAACCUAUGCCACUGCUUCUAAUGACAUCAAACGAGUUAUUUUACGUGCUAUUGACAGUGCUGUAAAAACAAUUGGCGCGACAAGCAACGAACUUCUGGAUAUGAUUGAAAAGUGUCCUCCGGGUGCUGAAACAUUAGCCGCUAGGAUAGUUCACCUGCUGACUGAAAGAAGUGCUGUUAAUUAUUUUGUUUUUCUCUGUUGUUUUUUAAAAGUGCUUAGAAUCAGAGCUAGUGGUUUUAGAAAUCCUCCAACACAUGAGCUGGUUGAGCGUAUUAUUGCUCUUUAUAAUCAAGGACGUACCGACGUUAGGUCUAUGAUUCCUGUGCUCAGUGGUUUAGAAAAGGAUCAGAUCUUGAAAAUUUUACCGAACUUUAUCUUGAAUGCUGUCAAUCAGAAAUCUAUACCAAGCGUUUUUCAUAAGCUGCUUGCUGGCAAAAAUAUCAAGACUGGACAACAUCCUAUGGGGGCAAGUGAACUUUUGGUAGCUGUGCAUCGCAUAAAGGCCACCAACACGGAGGAAACUAAUUUACUUCUACAAAAUAUAGAACUCCUGCUUAAUCAGCUGUCACAUUCAAAGGAAGCAAUUGCGUCGGCCAUCGACACUCUCAUUGAUGACACAGAAUUACCAGUUACGGUGUUCCAUACCGUUGCUCGAACUCAUGAGUCUUAUCCCGUAUUAGGUGGCUUUAUUUCCAAUGUAAUAAUAAAAAUAGUGCAGAAACAGCCAUGGAAGUACGACGGGUCGUUGUGGCAACACUUUGUACGGUGCGCCAUCGCAACCAUACCCCAUUCCUAUAUGGCUUUGUUGACGGGUUUGAGCAAAGAAGAAUUUAUGGAUUUUAUCAAGGAAGCUGGAGAAGAUAGAACAAUGAUCAUAAAACGUUUAAGGGACUAUAUACCGACAAUGUCUGUACACCAGCAAAAAAAGAUUGAUCGCGGUGUACGGGAUGUAAUAUUAGGGAAUUAG